AUGUCUACUGAAGAUAAGCAGGUUUGUGAGGCAGUAGUUGAAAGGAAAGGGAUAGGACAGGAAGACAGAGAUGAUUCGGAAAUCAGUGAUUAUGGAGUGUUAUUAGAUAGCCCAUUAGCACAUUCAACCAGUUAUCCCGAGACACCGGGACAAACAAUGAGAAAUAAGCCAGUUUCAGAGGAUGCAGAUAUACGAUCAAUGUUGGCAGCCUUGCUAAAAGAAACUAGAGAGAGGGAAGAAAAGUUCCACAAAUCACUAAAGAAAUAUUUUCAAGAAAGGAGAGAAAUAGUCCACAAAUCAGUAAAGGAAUAUGUUCAAGAGACUAGAGAAUCAUUAAAGGAAUAUUUUCGAGAAACAAGAGAAAGAAGGGAAAUAUUCUACAAAUCCCUAAAGGAAGAUUUACAAAAAACUAUAGUACAAGAGAUCAAAACAUCGUACACGAAGAUGAAAUGUAAUCUGAAGAAGGAAAUGCAGGAGUUACCAGAACGACUGAAGAUGAACGUCGAUGAGAGAGAGAGUAAGCUACAGGAGAAUAUAGACCGAGUCCAGGGAGACAUGGAGAAGAUAGAAGGGAAGCUAACAAAAAAGGUAGAAGACGAUAUUGAAGAAACUAAAGCCGAAUUGGGAGAAAGGAUCACUGAAGUGGAAACAAAUUGCGAUCAUGGAAUCGCCGAGAUAACGCAGAUGCAUAAACAAUGUAAUGAUGGGGUUAAGGGGAUAGGAGAUAGGCAAAACCAAUUGACUAUCAAUCUGGGAAAUGCUAUAGCCAUGCAACGAGAAGAGGAUAACAAGAGGGUUGCAAUGGAGGUUAAGCAAUUACAACAGGGAGUUCAGCAAUUGGAGAGCAAAACAGAAGAAAUUGAUAAACGAAUUAGCAAUGCCACUUUAACUGUGGGGGAAGGUAAAGUCAUUACCCUGAUGAGCAGUGAUAAUCGGUACAUCCAAGGUAAUACCGGGCAGAAAUUUAGACCGAAUGGAGGAUUGCACCCAAUGAUAUUUAUGAAGUGGUUAAAAGGAGUUUUCCCAGCACAUCUUAAAGACUCAGACAAGAUUCAAUUUGCAAUAGAUAGAAUGGAAGGCGAGGCCUUCACUUGGGGAAUCAAGAAGAAGGAAGGGACUAAGGUUCUUGCAAAAUCAAAGAAAAUAAACUCUGAAAUAAAUAAAUGCAACCACGUUUAUAAGGGACCAUACAGGAUUAUAAAAAUUGGUCAUCCUAACACUGUGGAGUUGGAGUAUGCACGGACAAAGACAGUGCAUGGUAAGGAACAUGUGGAAAACAUAAAAAGGUACUACUCACACGAGAACAGGGAUAACCCAGAUGUGGAAGAGGUAUGA